AUGAUAGUUAUAAGAUUUUACAUCUCCAUUGAUGGGGAGGUGAACAAUGCAGGCAUACUAGGAGCAGAACUGGAGGGAGAUGUUUCAAUUCUUCAAGAGCUAGUACAAGCAAAUGCUGCUACAGUAUUUGCUAACUCAGAGGUUGAGACGCCGCUGCAGCUGAAAGCGAAAGGAACUAUGAUCCAGACAUACGAGGCUGCACAAAAGUGCAUACACACAAACUACUACGGUGUAAAGAGAGUGACAGAAGCCCUCAUUCCUCUCCUCCGACUAUCUGAUUCACCAACUAUCAUCAAUGUCUCCUCCAUCUUAGGCCACCUUCGCCUCUUGAGGAACGAGCGCGCAAAAGCUGUGCUGAGCAACGAGGCCGGCCUGACUGAAGAGGCCGUGGAUGGGGUGGUGCGAGAAUUCCUCAAAGACUUCAAAGAGGGGAGAUUGGAAGAGAGCAAGUGGCCGAGUCACGGUGCGGCCUAUAAAGUGUCUAAAGCGGCUUUGAAUGGAUACACAAAAGUGUUGGCUAAGAAGCACGCUGAUUUCGUCAUCAACAGCCUCUGCCCUGGCUUUGCGAGAACGGAUAUUACUAGCAAUCUCGGUGCCAUCAGCGCCGAGGAGGCCGGUGGGAGGGUGGUUAAGGUGGCGCUGCUGCCUCGUGGAUGGCCGACGGGGGGCUACUUUAUUGACAAGGAUGUGUAUGGUAUUGUUACUUAA